UUAAGAUCUCAGCUACGAGUCAGUCUGAGCGUCAUCGCUCCCCUUCAGUGCGCCUGCGCCUCCUCUCUUCUCUCACCUUCCUUCCAUAAGUCGGCGCGACUCCGUUCUCCAUCUGACAGCUCACAACGCGUCAUGUUCGGAACCAGACUGCGAGCUUCCCAUCAGCACAGAUAAGGUUCUGGUCCAAGCGUAUACCAAGCGGCUGGGUUGGAGUCCGAACCGCUGCUGGAUUGAGCAUUCUGGAUCACAGGAGGCAUGACGCGCUCUUGAUCCUGGCAGGACGCCUCUCUUUCCCUUCACAUUUCGGAUCCGUUUGGCCUCAUCAUGUCUGUGAGAGAGAAGGGGGUCCUGACCAAAGACAGCGUGAGCUUGUUGCCCUGCUUCUAUUUUGUAGAGCUGCCAAUUCUUGUGUCGUCUGUGGUCAGUCUCUACUUCCUGGAGUGGACAGAUGUGUUCAAGCCAGUUAAGUCUGGAUAUAACUGCCAUGACCGCAGCCUGAGCCUGCCCUACAUUGAUCCUAACCACGAGGUCGUCCCCUUGCUGAUGCUGCUUAGCCUGGCCUUUGCCGGACCAGCCAUCACGAUCAUGAUUGGAGAGGCCAUCUUGUUCUGCUGCCUCUCUCGAAUGAAAAGUGGCGGUGGGACAGAGGCCAACAUCAACGCAGCCGGCUGCAAUUUCAACUCUUUCAUUCGCAGAGCCAUCCGCUUUGUUGGUGUUCACGCAUUUGGCCUUUGUGCGACAGCCCUUAUUACUGACAUCCUGCAACUGAUGACUGGCUACCCAACACCCUACUUUCUCACUGUGUGCAAACCCAACUACACCACACUUAACGUCGGUUGUGACAAGAACCCGUAUGUAAUAGAGGAUAUCUGUUCAGGAGCAGACCCUGCAGCCAUAAACCAGGGGAGAAAAUCCUUCCCAUCUCAGCAUGCUACCUUAGGUUCCUUUGCUGCUGUCUACAUAUCAAUGUAUUUCAACAGCACACUCUCAGACUCGUCCAAGCUGCUUAAGCCUCUGCUAGUCUUCUCUUUUAUAAUGAGUGCCAUCAUUUGUGGUUUGACCAGGAUCAUUCAGUAUAAGAACCACGCUGCUGAUGUUUACCUAGGAUUUCUGAUUGGAGGAGCUAUUGCAGUGUACCUGGGGGUGUAUGCAGUUGGAAAUUUUCAGUCAAGUGAGGAGACCAGCAGCAGUCCUCUUGUCCUUGUGCACCACCCUUCUUGCUCAUUGCCACAUGUAACUCAGGAGGCUGUUUUCCAUCACCUAAAGAUGAAAGGCAGUAUGGCUGGUGAGGCUGGCAUCCCCACCUCCCACUCUGAAAGCCUGCUUCACAGAGGCCUUCAGCAGCAGAGGCCUGAAGAAAGCCUAAAGCGCUCCAAUACUAAUGUGGAAGUGAUGUCACCUUGCAGUCCCCAGAACAAAGACGCCAUAAUGACUUUUAGCCACACGCUCCCUCGGGUUCACACCCCUCAGGCCAUAGCAGCAUAUGAAGAAGCCGCCAGACGCCAUGCUGCCACUCUCCACCAUGCGUCCAUGGACUCUAGUCGCUCAAAGCAGCUUUUGUCUCAAUGGAAAAGCAAGAACAACAACCAUAAAUGCUCAAUGAUAUGCCCAGACUCCUUCUCCUCCUCUGUAGACUCAUCCUCUGGCCACACCGCCCACCUUCCACAUCAUGGCAGCAUCGAGCUCCGGUCCAGCUCUGAACCAUCAACUGUGGGCAUAAAUGGGGGCCUUGAUGCCAGUACAUACAUGUCCAAGCUGCCUACUGGUGUUAGUACCACCCUGCCCAGUAAUUGCAGUGGAAUCACUGGAGGGUCCAGAAUGUUAAUGCAGUCUAGACCUGGGUCUUCACAGCUGGUGCACAUACCAGAGGAAGCUCAUGAAAAUUACAACACCCCCUCCCAAAGGACAGUGGGGGAAGGAGGUGGAAGUGACAUAACGAUCAACAGUACAGUUCAGGCUAACUGGCAAAGAGCAGCCGAGAAGACUGGAAAUAUUCAGAACACCCAGCCACGAAUCAUGCAAGUGAUUGCUAUGUCCAAGCAGCAGGGUCUACUUCAAACCCAUUCCAAAAGCUUAGACGAAAGCAGUAUGGGUUUCAAUGAUAAUGGAAGUUGCCAGGGUAGUUUGCGUUACAGGGCACUCACCAAUCAAGACCCUAUCAGCACCACAGGGCCCAGCUCACUGGUCAGCACAACUGCUAGCAUUUCAGGAAGCACUGGAGCAAUUGUCAGAGUAGAGGCUCACCCUGAAAAUAACAGACCAGUGAUUCAAGCUCCGUCCACAGAUGGAAGUGGAUCCUGGAGGUGGCGGUCACUGGAUCAUGGCAAUGGAGUUAGUGGAAAUGCAGGUACUGGUUAUGUUAGUAGUGGGUCUGGUCCUGGGAGUCUCAGGCAGACUGUUGAGCACAAUGAUCAAAGCGUCGACUCAGAGAGUUCAGACUCAGUACGUGAAGGAUCAGUUGAUCGAAAGCAUGGCAAUCAUAUUAUUACCACAACCUCUACAGUUGGGACCCCAUCCGUAGUCACUGUUCACACACAGAACACUGGCCAGUCAGAGCAGAGGCUCCAUCCUCCAAGCCUUUCCACCAUAAGGGUUACUCCAGGUGAUGGAUGUGGUUCUGGUUCUGGAGCUGGAGGAGGUGGUGUUGGAGCAGGAAGUGGUAUCAUAGGUGUAGAGACUGCUUCAGAAAUCCCCUCAGUUGCUUCUAGUCGUGAGUCAACACUGCGAAGAAAAAGCAAUAAUAUUAUCCUGAUCCCAGAGAGAGCCAACAGUCCUGAUAACGCUAGGAACAUUUUCUACAAGGGAACAUCAAUUACUCCUACUUUCAAGGAGUAAAACAUGACAUGACCAGACAGCCAUUUGAAGGAAGCUAAGAGGUGUAUUUUCAAAAAAUAAGUAUUUAAAUUCGAUGGAAGUUUUUAUGUAGCAUGGUUCUUGUACACGUUUACACUGAAGCACAACAGUUCAUGUGUUGUAAAAAUAAUCACUGUGUAUUUUUUGUGGUCACUCUUUAGGAAACCUUUUUAUACAGACAUGUUUUGGACUAAAUACAAACACCAAAAAGAAAAAAAAACUAAGUGUGAGGCUCACAUUUAGACAAAAUUAUUGUUUCAUAGCUGAGAAACCAAUGUUUACUUCCCUACAUUGUAAAUACUUUGUAUACUUGAAAGUGGUGCUACACCAGCCAAAACUAUUUACGUGACAUGAAGCAUUCUGCAUUAUCUAAAUACACCAACAAUUAUUUUACAAAGAUUUACAACUAUGGCAAGAAGGUUUUUAUGAUGCAACUUUCCUGUAGAUAAUCCAUCUUUAACAGAAUACUGUUGGAACCAUAAGUGAGCUUAGCAUUUAACAUGUAGCUACAAAGACAAAUUAGCUGAAACUUGCACUAUGUUUACUAUGUACCAUUAUAUAUAUCUGUAUAUAUAGAUAUAUAUGUAUAUAUAUAUAUGUAUAUAGAUAUAUAUAUAUAUAUCUAUAUAUAU